UUACAACAAGUCUGCUAGUACAUAUACUAACCGAUCAAUUAGAAUUUUAUCUGAUUUUAUUUUUGAUUGUGAACUUUCUAGAUUUGCAAUAACAUAUGCAAAUUUUUCUAAACAUAACACUUAUUUUUAUGAAUAUAAUAGACGAUCACCAAUUAAUCCCUGGCCAGAAUGGACUGGUGCAAUGCAUGGAGAUGAUUUAAUUGAUAUAUUUGGUAUUCCAUUUAGACAUCCUGAAAAAUAUAAUACAAGUAUUUUAGAACGUGAAAAAAAGUAUUCAGAAAAUGUAAUGUGGGCAAUAGGUAAUUUUACAACUUAUGGUAAUACAACAUCGGUAUGGAAUAAAUUAAAUGCUACUGAAUCUAAAGCUCUUGUAUUUAAUGGAGAAUUAGGACAACCAGGAAAAACACCACCUUAUACAAAUGUAACACCACCUACAUGUACUGAAUUUUAUAAGAUACUUGUUCAAUCCAUUCUACGGACUGCCCUUUCAAAUAUGUUGAAAAUGGCACAAAAUAAAUCACCAAAGUGA